UCGCGCGGGGGCGGGGCCUGUCCCGGAAGCGCGCGGUGCAGCAUGGGCGGGCGGCGCCUGCGCGGUGCGGCCUGCAGGGAAGAUGGUGCUGACCAAGGAGUUCCGAGUGGUUUUACCUUGCUCAGUGCAAGAGUAUCAAGUUGGACAACUUUAUUCCGUGGCAGAAGCUAGCAAAAACGAAACAGGAGGUGGUGAAGGAAUUCAAGUCUUAAAAAACGAGCCUUAUGAGAAGGAUGGCGAGAAGGGGCAAUAUACCCACAAAAUCUAUCAUUUAAAGAGUAAAGUUCCUGGCUUUGUGAGGAUGAUUGCGCCAGAAGGCUCUCUGGUCUUCCAUGAGAAGGCUUGGAACGCGUAUCCCUACUGUAGAACAAUUGUGACAAAUGAAUACAUGAAAGAUGACUUCUUCAUAAAAAUUGAGACCUGGCAUAAACCGGAUUUGGGGACAUCAGAAAAUGUGCACAAUUUAGAUCCAAACACAUGGAAGACAGUUGAAGUUGUCCAUAUCGACAUUGCAGAUAGAACUCAAGUAGAGCCAGGAGACUACAAAGCUGAUGAAGACCCUGCGUUAUUCCAGUCAGUUAAGACGAAGAGAGGACCUUUGGGGCCAAAUUGGAAGAAGGAGCUGGCAACUGAUGAAGAGUGUCCAAAAAUGUGUGCUUACAAGUUGGUGACUAUCAAAUUUAAAUGGUGGGGACUGCAGAACAAAGUGGAAAACUUCAUUCAGAAGCAAGAAAAAAGGAUAUUUACCAACUUUCAUCGCCAGCUGUUCUGUUGGAUUGACAAGUGGAUUGACCUGACCAUGGAAGACAUUAGGAGAAUGGAGGAUGAAACCCAAAAAGAGCUGGAAGCGUUACGUAAUCAAGGCCAAGUCAGAGGAACAAGUGCUGCCAAUGAUGAAUGAUGAUGGAUUUAACGGUCACAUGCAGUGUUGAUAUACAAAUGUGUGUGUGGAUGCAUGAUUAUUUAUAUAUAAUUAUAUAUACGCACAUGCAUACCGAAGGGGUUGUUACAGUGUCUCCAGGGUACUAUACCUGUCCUCAGCAAAGAUUCAAAGGAAAGUGCUUUCAUUAUGUAUACCCGAAGCAAAUAAAAAUUGACUGAGUAGUGUCAUUUAAAGGAUGAACUAUGCUAACUGGUAUGUUUCAUGAAUGUCAAUACUGGACCAAUUUAUUCCCUACUUGGGUUUUUUUUUCCUGUCUUGAGUCCCUCUGCUAUAACUUGCCCAUAUCUCAUUGUAAAGAAAGAGGUUCAAAUAAGUUAAUUUCAGUUUUGUGUCUUCCCUAUGUGAUUAUUUUUGGAAUAGGAACAAUGAAUGUAUUUAUAGCUAUUUAUUUCUGGAUAGUCAUUAUCCUAUAGUCACAUCAGCAAAAAAUUUCUAUUAGUGGAAAUUGGAAGAUUUUUACUGUUGAAUAAGUUUAACUCGAACUUUUCCCAUUCACUGAUUUAAAGGAAAAAAAAUCAUGUUUUAUUGGACUUUUGUACAUGGAAAUGCUGAUUAAUGGUUUUUCUUCAUUAAAAUUGGCAAAUUAAGGACAAA